AUGCCGUCCCUCACCAAGCGCGCGCCGCCGCCGGGGCCGGGCCAGAGCCGGUCGGGGUCCGACUCGUCCGUCGACAGCGACGACGCCAGCAGCGCCACAGACGACGACGACGACGAGUCUGACACCGAGCCCGUGUCGCGCCAUCCGACCCCCAACGAGAAGGAGAAAGAGAAGGGGAAGCAGCCGUUCUUUGCGGCCCCGACUGCGUGGGCGGAUAUGGUCGAGGAGGGCGGGGCCAAUUUGCCCGUUGUCGAGUUUGGCGAGUUUGACGGGAAAGUGGACGUUGCUGACCCAGCUCCCCGACCACCAGCAGCGAAUGGGCCUAAUAGGCGGCCGGGGCAGAGCGCAAGACAGGCAUAUCAGCAGCGCCUCGAAACGGACCCCGCGUUUGUCCCCGUUGUCGGCGAGUUCUGGGGCCACGAUGACAGGCUGUUGGACAAAGACCUCCGUAGUCUGAGCGGGUGGUGGCGCGGUAGAUGGCAGGGCAGGGGUCGGGCACGCGGGACGGGUUUUUUCAUGAGGGGUCGCGGGCGGGGUGGAUUUGUCGGUGGGCAGGCUCAGCCAGAGCAACAACAACAGUCGCAACAGCCCCAAGAGAACGAGUCUCCAAUGGACAGGCCGUGGACACAUGACGGCUUUGAGGAGAUGCGUAGAAGGGAGGAGGCCCGCAGGGGUGCGGCCCCCAGCCAGCCAACACGCGGCACCUCUUUCCGCGGUCGACCAUUUGGCCCCCAGACAACUCCCCCAGCCCGCGCAUUAGGGCGGCCCUGGUACAUCAUGAAGCCAGAGCUCAUGUGGACAAAGCAGCACGAAGGCUUCCUCUUCCUCGACCCGGCCCUAAAGCCACGCCCGGGCCAGCCCGCCGGCCUCCGUGUCCGCUUGCCUGGCGGCCAGCCGAAUAUCAUUCGUGCUAUUCCUCGGGCGUCUCGUACCACCAAGCCCCCGCCAAAAACGCUCCCGACUAACACCUUCGUCGUCCGUCUCCCGUCAACUGGCAAGGAAAAGCAGAAAGAGAAGGAAAAACAAGAGCCACCCACUUCCGAGCCUGGGGCAGCGACAACGGUAGCAGCAGCGGCCAACGCGUCAUUGCGACCCGACGCAGACGGUUGGGUUAGUCCUGAUGCCGCCGCUGUUGCACUUGCGACUGUCUCCUCUCCGCCGGCCGGCCCGCCUCCGACCCUCCCUUCCCAACCCCCAGCGUUCUACCCAUUCGCACCACCGCCUCCGCUUAUGGCGUUCCCACACCCCUCCGCCGGCCCGGCCUUUACCGCGCCGCAGCCCGUCCCGUACUCCUCGCCGUCGCCGCAAGGCUUCGUCACCCCGCCCGGCUUCAGCACACCGUCACCCGGCUUCGGCACGCCGCCGGCUUACUCAGCCCCGCUCCCGCCCGGCGUCGCCGUUGAUCCGCGUGGCGGGCUCUACGAGCUCGCGAGCGGCCGCCCGGUGCUUCUGUUUGGCGGCUUCCAUGGGCACCACAGCCCGUCGCCGAGCAUGAACGGACACCACCCGCUGCACCCCAUGCAUGGCCACGGGCACACGCCGUCGAUGUCGGCCCCGCCGGAGUUUGCGUUUGCGCGGCCGAAUGUGCGCGUGGAGAUACGUAAGCCGGAUGGUCUUCUGGAGGCGACGUCGCCGGUCCGGCCGUCACCGCUUUCACGUGACUCGGCCGAGGCGGGCGUAAAUGGAUCGGGGAAGAAGCUGAGGACGGGCGCGGCGGCGUUCGUGCCGUCGCACUCCGGCAGCGGAGGCGCGGGCGGCACGGGCAGCGGUGUGUUCUACCCGCCGCAGCCGGCGUACGAGGUGUUUGAUCCGGGGUACGAGCAGUAUGAUCCGGCGCUGAGCUACGAGCAGGGAUACGAGCAGCAGCAGCCGGGGAUGUACGACGCGUAUGGCGCGUAUGUUCCCGCGCAGUUUUAUUACCACCACCAGCCGCAGCAGACGACGUAUUACCACCACCCGAUGCCCGUGCCCGCGCACCAGCACCAGCACCAGCAGCAGCCGUCGCUGGGCGGGGAGCAGCAGCAGCAGCAGCAGGGGCCGGGGCCGGUGUAUUAUGCGUAG